AUUUGAAAAGCAUACACUCCCGGCAAGAAGACUUCUUUACGACCGCAAUUCGAGAGAAGAUUCGCCUUGUACCUGGCGUCAAUCGACAUUUUUUAAAGUGAUAAAGAUUCACUCUCUUGAAGGAUGAAGAGCAGAUACAUGUUGCUGCUUGUUAGCUUGGCUAUUCUGCCUUUGUACUUACACGGCGAAAAAUGCACACAGGAUCAAAUCACUUACGAUUUUACCGAAUGCGAUUCGGCCGAAGGAAGAUGGCGAGUUGCUGUUCCUAAAAAAGAUGGAGACUGCACUGUUGAAGGCGAAGUACCCGUGCGGCAAAAGGGGUGUUCUUUCACAUGUGAUCCAGGGCAUUAUGUUGAUGUGACUAGUAAGACCCUGGAGUGUAAAGCUUGUGCUAAAGGAACAUACAGUGUUGGAGGAGGGGUGCGCUUCAGCGACUGGGAUAAACUUCCAACUGGAUUUGAGAGUCGCACAGUAGAUGAGCAUUAUCAGGAAUAUGGAUAUGACAAUGAAUACUUCAAAGAAACAAGUGGAGCUAACUGCUCAAAGACUGGAUGGUUACCAUCAGGUGACAGUAUCAUGUCACCAGAAGAUGAAUGCACCUCAGAACUGUCAUAUGCCGUCACUCUAGAAAGAGAUGGUCAUGUGCAAUUUGAUUAUUACUACACUGAUGACAUCUAUACUGUUUUCCGUGUAUUUGUAAGAAAUGAUCAGUGCAAAGUUUCUAGUCUGGAUAAAGAGGAUAAGUUCCCUCCACGUACUACAAACAGUGAAUGGGGAACAACCAAGAUUGAUUUGAAAGCUGGUAGGAAUGUCAUAAAUUGGCAAGUUACAGCAAUCACCUAUGGCUCUCAUGACAGACGAGAACCUGUUUACAUCAGAAGCAUUGAAAUUCAAGGGGUGUCUUAUACAUCAGAGUGCACACCAUGUGAAGCAGGAUAUUACAACAGUGAGGAAGCCCAAGGAAGUUGUAAAAUGUGUCCUGCAAAUACCUUUUCUGCCCCUGGUGCUACAGAGUGCUCAAAAUGUAAUGAGGUCACUGAAUAUGCUGCUCGUGGAGCAAGGAAUUGUACAUUAAGGAAGCCAUGCACAGAGCAAGACUACUACGACAUUCGCACAGCAUGUGAUAGUGAACACAAGACCCAAGUGAAGUAUAUGUGGAUAGAACCAAAGAUCUGUAGAGAUGAUGUGGAUGGAGCUAAGAAGUUGCCUGCAUCUGGCGUGAAGGAAGAUUGUCCUCCUUGUAACCCUGGAAUGCAUCUUAACGGCACAGGCGAAAGCAGUUCUUGUGUCUUUUGUCCUGUCAAUGAAUUCAGUGAUGGCAAAGCAGAGUGUAAGAAGUGUCCAGUGUCCACUGAGCCAGUUUAUGGGCAUCACCUCACAUGGUGGCAUAGUGUUCCAGAAAAUUUAAGAGCCACUUGUUUCUCUAUGUCAGAUCGUGGAUGCACCACAAAGCAGGGCUGGCAGCCUCGUGGAAACUACCUUGACAGUGGUAUCAAUCAAGCAGAUGAUGUCUACAUGACACUGAAACUUCCUGUAGAAGGCUUUGGAAGUCCUGAGGGUCUCAAAAAUCCCAAACGUGGCCAGUUUGGUGUUGUGGAGUUUGUCUUUGAAUUGAUAUGUGAUGGAGAGUGUACUUUUAAAUUCAAAGAGAAGCCACAGUCUAAAACUACAAAUGUGAUUCAAACAUGGAAAGGGAGAAAUGGAAAGCAGAAGUACAGCUACAUCAUUUCCUCACCGAGGGAAACUCAGUUUAUCUGGACAUUUCAAAAACAGAGUUCCUACUCAUUUAGUGAUGAUCAACUGUCUUACACCUAUGGUGGUGAUCGAGUGAAGAUUUACUCCAUUACUGUGAACAACACCAUCGAUGGAGGUGCUGAUCAUUGCCGAUCCUGUCCAGUAUCUUCAGGGAGUGGAUGUAUAAGCUGUCCCAAGGGUAACUAUGUGGAUACUGAGAAGCACAAAUGUGUGCCAUGCCCUAUAGGCACCUAUUUGAACACCAAUGACCCAUAUGGAUCUAAAGCUUGUGUCAAAUGUGGACCAGGUUUAACCAGUGAGGCGGGAUCCACCAUGUGUCAUUCUGACUGUUUCUAUACCUCCAUCAAGCAUAUGCGACAAUUUAACUUUACUGGUCUCCAAGGACCUCAGAGCGUUGCCACUGGUCCUUCGUUCACCAAGCGUGGCUUCCGGUACUAUCACCUCUUCAACAUGAAUUUGUGUGGACAUCCAUACAAAAUGGCAAAGUGUCACAAUAACAUCAGUCUUUCCACUGGCAAAUCAGAAGCCUAUAAUUUGACUUCACCUGUUUGCCGCAUGACCGUUGUUCCUGACCCAGUUCUGAUGACUACACAGACAUUAAGCAUUGCAGACCGCCUUGAAGGCAUUUAUGAAGACAUUGCCGACAAUAAGACCAACGAAACUUCAGUAUUCGCUGGAAAAGAAGUGAAAAACACCUCAACCUUUUUCUUGUUCAAGUUCCACGGUGACAAACCCACUCAAGCCUGCCCUAAUGGCCGGUCAGUUUGGACAACAGUGCUGUGUGAUCCUAAAGUAGGAAAGGGUUCGUUUGAGUUGCCCUCCAAAUGCCCGGAUGGUACCUGUGAUGGCUGCCGGUUUGAGAUCCUGUGGCGCACGCCUCAUGCGUGUCCAACCUGUUCGCAAUUUGAUUACCGCAAAGUAAUUUCCUCUUGUGAGAGUGGAAAGAAGAAGACUACAUACAUGUGGAAAGAACCAAGAGUUUGCCAAGGAGGUGUUCCCUUACCUGCAGAACGAGAAACCAAAUGCAGUAUUUUUGAACAAUCAGUUGGCUCAGCUAUGAGGGACUUCAAGAUUGUGAUUGCUGUUGUUGCUGCUCUUGUUGUGCUGAUGAUCUGCGCAGUCUUUGGCUUGUGGUACAAUAACCGAAAGCUGACAUACAAGUAUCAUCGCCUGGUAAAUAAGAGUGGUGAUAAUUCUGGUGAGUUGCCAGGUGUGGAGAGAUGUGUGGUGGACGACGACGAAGAGGACGAAGAAGAGGUUCACUUUAAAGUCGGUAAGGACCGCGGUAAGAAGAUUCUGAAGAAAAUAAAGGACAUGGCCAGUGGUGGAAAGAAGAAGGAGAAGGUUACAUUUGAUGACGAAGACGAUGAAUAUUUUGAGUCUGUUCACCUGGAGCCUGGGAAAGACGCACUCGUCGGCGACUUCCAGUAAACAUGAAACUCGACACAUAAGACAUGCUGUUAUGCAGUCACAUGAAAUUCAAUCAUCAUAGAAUUGAACCUCUUGUCUUCACCGCUAUUCCACCGUCAAUACAAAUCAAGUAGUUGAAGGAGCAGUAAACUAAAGAAGCUACGUCACUGUGUUUAGUUUUUGCGCCGUGCAAAACCCACCUUCAUAUUUCAGAAGGCUAUAAAAUAUUAGCUCUGUAGGUUUGAAAAAACGCAAAGGAA